AUGGCCCGUGAACACCUGAAACCUUUCGGUUCACUUGACCCAUUUGCGGAGCCUGCGUGGUACAACGCUCUCGACUCACCGUACUACAAUGAUAGCCACAGGGCGUUCCGAAAGUUCGUCAGAGACUAUCUCGAGACCAAUGUUUUGCCCUAUUCGGAGCAAUGGGAGAAGGAUGGCUUUGUUCCUCUCGAAGCGAGAGUGAAGUAUGCGCGGUCAGGCCUUGCUUUUGCUGAGCUUCCGAAGGAAUACAGACGAGGUAUUCCGUUGCCGGGUGGGAUUCCAGAGGAGCAGUGGGAUAUCUUCCACGAACUGAUUCUGCACGACGAGACAUCCCGAGUGCACGGCGGAGCCAUGGGCGGACUCGCUGGCACAUCUGUCAUUGGCCUGCCACCUAUCAUAAAAUAUGGGACCCAAGAGCAAAAGGACAAGUACCUUCCGGGUGGUUCCGACCUGGCCUCUUUGAGAACGACGGCCAAAAAGUCCCCAGAUGGGAAAUAUUACAUUGUGAAUGGGCACAAGAAAUGGAUCUCCGGGGCUCUAUCUGCCACGCAUAUGACCACUGCAGUGCGAACAGGUGGUCCUGGGAAGGGUGGGGUUUCUAUUCUAGUUAUUCCUACGAACUCGAAAGGAUUUUCCGCCAGAAAGAUCGAGAAUAGCGGAGUCAAUGCUGCGGAAACCGCUUGGGUCGAUCUAGAAGAUGUCCAGGUGCCCGUCGAGAACCUUGUUGGUCCCGAAAACGAAGGCUUUCGGAUUCUCAUGCACAAUUUCAAUUCGGAGCGGUUCAUGAUGGCCAUCCACAUGAAUCGCAAGGCACGAGUGUGUCUGGAGGUUGCUCUAGACUAUAGUCACAGCCGGAUCACAUUCGGCAAGCCGCUCAUCUCGCACCAGAUCAUCCGCCACAAGUUUGUGACCAUGGCGCGAUACAUCGAAUCGCACUGGGCCUGGCUCGAGCAGAUCGCGUACCACAUCAAGCUCAACGGGUGGGAAAGCGAUAUUGCCAGCAGGAUCGCACUGACAAAGAUCCACGCCGGUCGGAUCCUGGAACUGGCCAAUCGAGAGGCACAGCAGGUGUUGGGGGGUGCGGGUUACCAGCGUGGCGGAGUGGGAGGGUUGGUCGAGCUGAUCAGCCGAGACUUGCGGAUGCAGGUCGUGGGAGGAGGGAGCGAGGAGAUCCUGUCGGAUUUGGCUCUGCGCCAGGAACUGACUGCGGCGAGGAAGCGAGGGUCGAUGUUUUACAUCUUUGCUACCUAUCCUGCUCCUACACCUACCCAGUAUCCCGGCGGCUGGUCCAACCAUCCAACCAUUGAAUCAAACCAUCCAAUGUCUCCUCCUCUCGCCCCUCAUCCCCUCUCGCACUCCCACAACCUCGCCCGCCUGAUCGGCCCGACCCUCCUCACCAUCUCCCUCGCCGAAGCACUAAACCCGCACAUCUGGGCCACCAGCACCGCGUCGGCCAUCUUCCUCAACGGUGCCGUCGUCUUCACCGCGUCCCUCGCAACCGCGCAGACGCAUAACUUCUGGAGAAGAACCCCCCAGACACAGACGCCGCGGUGGGCGAUUCUAGUGACUCUGGCGGGCUGGGGGGGCGUGGUCGUCGGGUUGACGCGCAUGCUCGCGCCGGAGAGGGUGUUGGAGGGCGUGAGGCGCGUGGGCGCCCGGCAGGUCAAGGUCGCGGCGGGGGUGGUUGCGGUCUUUGGGGCAAUUCUCAGUGUUUGUGGGUAUUGCUUCUGA